GGGCCCGGGAGCGGGGCGAGGGCGGGGGCCACCAUUGCUCCCCGCGCCGGGCUCUGUGUCGCCGCCGUCGCCUCGGCGGUUGGGGAUCGGUGGGGCGGCGCGGGCGGAGGGCGCUGCACGGGGCGGCUCGCCGCUGUUUUGUUCCUCCUCUCCCAGUGGAGCGGCUCGGGCUGCCGGGGGAGGCCCUGGCUCCCUCGGGACGCCCGGCCAACGGCGGCGGCGGUGCUAGUCCGCGGCCCUGCCGGGAGGGAAAGCUACGCCGUGGUCUUCCCAGCCGACGCGGAGAGCAGUUCCAAAGAACUGCUGGUUUAUAUUUUAGCUCUUGCCGAGUUGUGAAAAUAGUGAAGGAUGAUUAUACUACUUAACCUCCAAAUUGCUCUCUGGUUAAUCAUCUUUAGAAGACUGGAUUUCUGGAAAUCUCCUUCACUCCAUGUCUAUUGACUUUUAAAAACAUGAUAAUGCAAUCCUGUAACACUGGCAAUCAUCCAUGAACCUUUAAAUUAUACUGCUUAAUAGCGUUUGAAGCUUCCUCAGGGAAUAACAAUGACAUCAGCAGUGGUUGACAGUGGAGGUUCUAUUUUGGAGCUUUCCAGCAAUGGAGUAGAAAAUCAAGAGGAAAGUGAAAAGGUUUCUGAAUAUCCAGCAGUGAUUGUGGAGCCAGUUCCAAGUGCCAGAUUAGAGCAGGGCUAUGCAGCCCAGGUUCUGGUCUAUGAUGAUGAGACUUACAUGAUGCAAGAUGUGGCAGAAGAACAAGAAGUUGAGACCGAGAAUGUGGAAACAGUGGAAGCAUCAGUUCAUAGCAGUAAUGCACACUGUACAGAUAAGACAAUUGAAGCUGCUGAAGCCCUGCUUCAUAUGGAAUCUCCUACCUGCUUAAGGGAUUCAAGAAGUCCUGUGGAAGUGUUUGUCCCUCCUUGUGUAUCAACUCCAGAAUUUAUCCAUGCUGCUAUGAGGCCAGAUGUCAUUACAGAAACUGUAGUGGAGGUGUCAACUGAAGAAUCGGAACCAAUGGAUACCUCUCCUAUUCCGACAUCACCAGAUAGCCAUGAACCGAUGAAAAAGAAAAAAGCUCAAAGGGCUUCGCAGAUUAUCAGAUCCUCUGCAAUAGUUGGCCGUAAACCAAAGACCCAGCAAUCACCAAUCUCCAAUGGGUCUCCUGAGUUAGGUAUAAAGAAGAAACCCAGAGAAGGAAAAGGAAACACAACCUAUUUGUGGGAGUUUCUUUUAGAUCUACUUCAAGAUAAAAAUACUUGUCCUCGGUAUAUUAAGUGGACUCAGAGAGAAAAAGGCAUAUUCAAGCUUGUGGAUUCAAAGGCUGUCUCUAAACUUUGGGGAAAGCAUAAGAACAAGCCAGAUAUGAACUAUGAAACUAUGGGACGAGCUCUGAGAUACUAUUACCAAAGGGGUAUUCUUGCAAAGGUUGAAGGACAGAGGCUUGUAUAUCAGUUCAAGGAUAUGCCCAAAAACAUAGUGGUCAUAGAUGACGACAAAAGUGAAACUUGUAAUGAAGAUUUAGCAGCAGCUACUGAUGAAAAAUCCUUAGAACGAGUGUCACUGUCUGCAGAGAGUCUCCUGAAAGCAGCAACCUCUGUUCGUGGUGGAAAAAACUCAUCUCUGAACUGCUCCAGGGCAGAGAAGGGUGUAGCUAGAGUUGUAAACAUCACUUCCCCUGGUCAUGAUCCUCCAUCCAGGUCUCCUACUACUACUGCGUCUGUGUCAGCAACAGCAGCUCCAAGGACAGUUCGUGUGGCAAUGCAAGUACCUGUUGUAAUGACAUCGUUGGGUCAGAAAAUCUCAACUGUGGCAGUUCAGUCAGUUAAUGCAGGUGCACCGUUAAUAACCAGCACUAGUCCAACAACAGCAACCUCUCCCAAGGUAGUUAUUCAGACGAUCCCUACUGUGAUGCCAGCCUCUUCUGAAAACGGAGACAAAAUCACCAUGCAGCCUGCCAAAAUUAUCACCAUCCCAGCUACACAACUUGCACAGUGUCAGCUGCAGACAAAGUCAAAUCUGACUGGGUCCGGAAGCAUUAACAUUGUUGGAACCCCGCUGGCUGUGAGAGCACUUACCCCCGUUUCAAUAGCCCACGGUACACCUGUAAUGAGACUAUCAGUGCCUACUCAACAGGCGUCUGGCCAGACUCCUCCGCGAGUUAUCAGCGCGGUCCUGAAGGGGCCAGAGGUCAAAUCAGAAGCAGUGGCAAAAAAGCAGGAACAUGACGUGAAAACUUUGCAGCUGGUACAAGAAGAAAAACCAGCAGAUGGAAGUAAGACAGUGACCCACGUAGUGGUUGUCAGUGCGCCUUCAGCUAUUGCCCUUCCUGUAACUAUGAAAACGGAAGGACUAGUGACAUGUGAGAAAUAAAAGAGCAGCUCUACCGUGGACUUUAGACUGUUAGUGAUAGAACUAACACAAAUAUUUGCAAGGGAGGUCAUCAAGCAAAGUCAAAAGAAGACUUUAAAACAUUUUUAACGCAUCUAAGAAAACAAUCAGACUUACUGGAAAUAAAUUACCUAUCCCAUGUUUCAGUGGGAAAUGAACUACAUACAGAGAUGCUGACAGAAAACUGCCUCUUACAGUAGGAAACAACUGAACCCGUCAAUAAGGAAAAGGAUUGAAAGGGACCAAGCAACUCACUACAAUAUCCAGUUACACUAAGACUUGGAACACUAACACUCUGUAAGAGGUUAUAUAGUUUUCAGUGGGGAGGGGUUGGGACGGGUGAUCUCAUUGUUACAUAGAGCAAUUUUUGAUGCAUUUUAUAUGCAUACCAGCAAUUAUUACUGUGUUCACACAGAACUCACUUAACUGGUGCUAUGUGAAGACUGCUAAUAUAGGUAUUUUAGAAUGUGAAUUGAAAAUGGAUCCAAAAGCUUUUCAGAAAGAGGAUAGCAAAAAAGACCUAGUGCGAUUUUUUUUUUUUUAUAUCAUAUAGCUUAAGCUGAUUUAAAACAAAGGCCUUAGACUAAUUUUCAGUUUUCUUUAUUGAAAUAAGCUAAUGGCUUGUUUGUGUAAAGCUUUUUUUAUUAAAAGAAAAAUUUUAAAAAUCUUGUACCUAGCACAGUAUUGUUAUAGAAUUUACAUGUAACAUUUUAUAUGGUAGUUUAAGUCUGUCAGUUUCUUAAUUGUGGACAAAUUAACAGUUGGCUCUGGCCUUUUGCUGUAACCUGCCUGUGUCACUCACUUAGCCCUGGCAUCUGUGCAGACAUAGCAGUUUCAGUUCUACUGUCACUUGGAAGUUCAGGCUCAGCAUGAAUUUUUGUCAGGUAGCUCUAAUACCUGGUGUUUUUGUUUUUUUUUUUUUCCUUCCUUCCUUUUUUUUUUUUUUAGUUGAAGUUUAAGAGGGAAAGUACCAGUGUUCAGAUUUGAACUAUAAUAGUUUGUAUAUUCAACAUUUGAAGUAUAUUCUAUUUUGUUGUACUCUUGUUUCAAAGUGUAUUCAAGUAGGUUUUCUGAAAUAUAGAAAUGAAAUUUAUGUUGUGUUUUGGUCUCUGGUGAUAUUUAUAACAAUAUUCAAAAGCUAGUAUAGAGACACUGUUUAAGUAUAGAAGUCUUAUUUCUCCUUCCCAACUACUGUGUGAAAAAAUUUUCCUUCUGUUUGUUUCAUUACAUUAAUAUUUGGCAAGUAUCUGCAUGUUGCCACUUAUUUUCUAAUUACUAUCAUGAACUAUAAUGUUCUACUUACCAUGAGUUUAUUAUUUUAAUGUUGGCCACACUUAAAGAAAUUUCUCAAACAGACCUUUUGAGGGUUAAGAAGAUCAAGUGAUACUCUAGCCCUUUUACAAAUUAGGAAAUGGAGGUACUAGAGGGAUUACAUGAAUUUCCUAAUUUCACACCAAAUUAGGUCCUGUGACCCCACAUCUUAAUGCUCUUUCUACUACAAAGAAAAGUUGUCUAUUUUUACAUCUUUUAGAAAUUUAAAUAAACUGAUACUUAAUGUUUUGUGGCCUUCAGUUGUGCAUUUGAUCAGACACUACUUAGGUUGACAAAGAUUUUUAUAAUAGCACCCUUUGUAAUCGUUUAAUUUUCCAGACAUACCUGAUGGUACUUUUUAAUAAAAUCUCAAAGAAAAACUCACUUGAUUCUUAUCCCAUUUGGGAAUUAAGCUCAAAUUUUACCUACUUUUAAGACAGUUCCUAAAAUUUCAGUUUUCUUUGGCACUUAAUACAGUUGUCUUCUUUUUUGCACUAUAGUUUCAUUUCUUUAGUUAUACUCCAUGAUAUUUUUGGAGGGCAAAGAAUAGAUAGCUCAUACCAUACCUACACCUUUCUCCAAAUGCUGAGUUUAUUGACACUUAUUGGACAUGUGUUGGUUUUGGUAACAUAUUUGCUAAGAAUCUAAGUCAUGUGCUAUGGAGGACAACUAAAGAGACUUCAAUUUUGAGUGAAUAAUUCCCCCCUCACCACUGUAUUAUUAGUUGGUUCUAACUGGGUUAAGUCAGAACUACCUAGCUUAUCUCCACCACACUACCUAGACAUUUUUUUGUCUCAGAAAUUCUAAGUACACCUAAGGUCCAGGUUUGGAAACAGAUGUAGACAGUAUAUACUGAUCAGAGUGUUUCUGAUUAAAAUUCUCAGUGGUACGGCUUUUAAUCUCAACCCUUCCAAACUGUAAACCACUGUAACUUAACAUUUGCUUUUUCGUGUCCGGUAUGCUGGAGAAGAACCUUGUAACAAUGGCUUAAUGCCACUGUGUAUUCCAGCCUCACUAGGGCUUGUGAACAAUAAUCAGCAGUCUGUCCAUUUAUUCCUUAGGUCUGUUUCUAGCAACAAUUCCAGCCUUACUACCCUGCUUAACCGAAUGACCAGUAUACCUCUUUCUAGAGAACAUGGUGGUCCAGAGCUAUGAACUCCCUCCAUUUCUGGACCCUUGACUGUAAGAACAUCUACUUUCUCUGGCAUCCAUCCUUACCCAUCUGUUUCAGGAAGGAGGCAGGGGUGCCUUCCUCCUGUACUCCGUCUUCUCCCCCCUUCAUACCUUUGUGGUCUCCUUGUUCCAACAAGUUUUAUAGCCUAUUGCUGUCUCUCUUCCGUAGCUGAGUUCUGGCUUAAGAGAAACAGUUCUGAGAUCCAACAAUCCAGUAGUAAAAUUAAACAGACACUUCAUUUUUUUCAUGGGAUCUUGUGCCUUAGCCUACGUAAAUUCUUUGGUUUUCCAUGACAUCCUUCUGGUUUACUUCCUGCCUUCUUAGUCUGCUUUGCUCUCCUUCAGUUUCCUAUUUAAUGUUAAUACUUAGCAAGAUUCUGUCUGUGGGUCUCUUUUCUUCAGAUUUUCUUCAAAUUUUCUUCUUUACUUCAGAGAGUAGGUGUACAAAUUAAAUGAAUAUGUUAAGGAUUUAGAACCAUUGCCUGGCAUAUAGCAAGCACUCUUAAGUGUUUACUAUUACAAUUUCACUUCAACUUAAUGGUUAGUUUUAUUCAUGCCUGUGGUUUUUACUACCAAAUGUGUAGUAAGACUCAGGUGUGUAGUAAGACUCAGGUGGGUUUAUCUAACUGCUUACAAUUUCCUGAUCUCCUCCUGAAUGUCUGGUCAAACUCUGUUCUAAAAUCUGUUCUUCUUAGCUCAGUAAAUGACACUACCAGCAGUCCAUUACUCAUGCCAGAAGAAACCAUUCUAGACACCUUACUUCCUACCUCCCAUCAUUCACCAAAUCCUAUUGAUGUUACCUUUUAAGUAGCUUUUUUCCCAUCCUCCCAACCUUUACUGCUGUCUCACUAAUCCUCCCUCUACUCUUACUUAUAAAUGCAAAUUUCAU